GCUAUAUAGAGAGACAUGCUGCCAUAAGCAGAUAACCUCUGUUCACACAAGGCAGCCACGUUCUCUUUCAAGCAAGUAGAGUAAUUCAUAAAGGCGUCUUGUCUGCACCUGUCCUCAUGGCGGACAUGCUAGUACUUCCUCUCAUAAUAUCCCUGAUCGCUCUUGGAACUUCUUCGGCGGACCCGACGCUGAAACUAUUUCAGGACACGCAAUAUAUGCCUAUACUGUUGUAUGAAUGUUACCGGACGGGUGUUACAAUCGAGCCUGAAAACACUGUCAACUUCACGAUUCUGCUUGACGCCACACAAUUUUUAAACAAGGGACAAGCUAACACUUGGUACGCACCUGAUGGCGCCCAGAACCAAUACAGCAAGGGCUCCUUAGUCUACGAGUAUGACACUGCAUCUUCGACAAUAAAAAUUACAAGCCCUGUCUUACAAGAACAACUUGUCCAGAUGCAAGACGCAUACAACGGCCUGGCGUACUACUGGAAACUGACCAUCCCAAGUGACAAUAACCGUGUCGUCUACAAGCUGUAUGACGUUGACUCCAGAUGCGGAAAUGCAGCCGCAUUGCUAAAGAAGCUUGACAAACAGACGAAGAAAGGAUUCGUUUUUUCAAGAGACGUUGCCAGAACCGAAAAGCGAAUGCAAAUAUAGUUUGCUGUGUGCAAAAUAAUGUGCCCAAACAGUUGCGAUGGAUCGAAGUCUGUGCCACGUAAAAUAAAGGCAUGUUUGCUAAAUGUUUGCACUACAA